UCGGACUCAGGCAUGUUCUAUAUGAUCCUCUUCUUGACUGUGGUAAUCCUGGUUCUGUUCCUGCUGGGGCUGCUGCUUUAUUGCUGGAAGUUCAGAUCAGCCCCAUGUCGUUCCUUCCUGACAAAUCUGCCUCCUGUUUCCCGAGGUCCGGAGUGUGGCAGCCCCUCGGCUAACGGGAUCAUCUCCUACUCAGCUGUGAGCACUCAAGAUGGCUCUCCCCAGGAUACACAGAGAAAUGACACAAGGUGACAGCUUCGGGACCGAAUGGGAGAGAGGCUGGAGCUGACGAGGACGUGUGUCUCCCUAGCUGGACCCCACCCCAGUGGAUGAAGACCCCCCUCCAAAGAGACUGGCCACCCUCCCCCGUGCCAGACCUCAGGACAGCGUGGGCUCGUGCAAGUUCGGAGGUCUCCAAGACCACCCUCGGCUUCACUCGUUCACAAGAAGGACUCACAGAGCCGGCAGGGUGGCAGGGCCCGGGAUUCAGGCGGCGAUGAGGCCAGAGGGGCUGCACAGAGUCGGGUGGGCAAAGGGAGAUCGGUGGCUUUGCUGAACAUUGUCUGUCGCCAGCC